AUGCGGAGGGUUUGCUCCGCCCGGACCUCGAGACCAGCGGCGCGUGGCAUUUUUGACUUUUCGAUCCAGGUCCCAGGCUACGACUGCACGGUGGACGACACGGAAAGCCCUGUGAACUUCUGCAUUUUCAGAGACUUCCAGGCGAUGCCAACGUAUCUCCUCGAGUUCACCACGGAGCUCCGAGGUCGUGAUCAAAGAACCAUGACCACGCGGGCUUCGUGA